CUGCUCGGCGCUGGACUCGCCGCGGCCCUGCGCCUCCGCCUGCCCGGCCGCGCCCCCGGGGGCCAUGGUCGCGGGGCCCUGCGCGGGGGCGGCCCCCAGCGCGGCGCUUCAUGGAGCGGCCCCGGCCUGGCCGCCGGGGGCAGCGCGAUCCCGCGGGGCCCUGUGAGCCCCCAGCGCCACGGCACCAUGUUGCUGGUUGAGAAGACAACUGACUCCCCGGCGGCUGAGUUCUCGCUGGUGGAGGAUGUGGCGCUGCACUUUGCCUGCUUGAUGGGCCGCCUGAACGAGCAGCGCCUCUUCCAGCCUGACCUCUGUGACGUGGACUUGGUGCUGGUGCCCCAGCGCAGCGUCUUUCCGGCACACAAGGGUGUGCUAGCCGCCUACAGCCAGUUCUUCCACUCACUCUUCACCCAGAACAAGCAGCUGCAGCGUGUGGAGCUGUCCCUGGAGGCACUGGCACCUGGGGGCCUGCAGCAGAUCCUCAACUUCAUCUAUACAUCCAAGCUGCUGGUCAACGCGGCCAACGUCCACGAGGUGCUCAGCGCCGCCUCAUUGCUGCAGAUGGCUGACAUCGCUGCGUCCUGCCAAGAGCUGCUGGACGCCCGCUCUCUAGGCCCACCAGGUCCGGGCACUGUGGCCCUGGCCCAGCCGGCUGCCAGCUGCACUCCAGCUGCGCCACCCUACUACUGUGACAUCAAGCAGGAGGCCGACACCCCAGGCCUGCCCAAGAUCUACGCCCGAGAGGGCCCUGACCCUUACUCGGUGCGUGUUGAGGACGGGGCAGGGACUGCUGGUGGCACAGUGCCUGCCACCAUUGGGCCAGCCCAGCCCUUCUUUAAGGAGGAGAAGGAGGGUGGUGUCGAGGAGGCCGGUGGGCCCCCGGCCAGCUUGUGCAAGCUGGAGGGUGGAGAAGAGUUGGAGGAAGAGCUUGGGGGUUCCGGCACCUACAGCCGCAGGGAGCAGUCCCAGAUCAUCGUGGAGGUGAACCUCAACAACCAGACCCUGCACGUGUCCACGGGGCCAGAGGGGAAGCCAGGUGCCGGGCCAAGCCCGGCCACCAUGGUUCUGGGCCGGGAGGACGGGCUGCAGAGACACUCGGAUGAGGAGGAGGAGGACGACGAGGAGGAGGAGGAGGAAGAGGAGGAAGAGGAAGGUGGUGGCAGUGGACGGGAGGAGGAGGAGGAGGAGGAAGAGGGUGGCAGUCAGGGAGAAGAGGAAGAGGAGGAGGAGGACGGGCACAGUGAGCAGGAGGAGGAAGAGGAGGAGGAAGAGGAGGAAGGGCCUAGUGAGCAGGAUCAAGAGAGCUCUGAGGAGGAGGAGGGGGAGGAGGGGGAGGCUGGGGGCAAGCAGGGGCCACGGGGAAGCCAAGGCAGCCGGGGAGACCCCCCUUCCUACAGUCACAUGGCCACACGGUCCCGGGAGAAUGCCCGGCGCCGGGGUACCCCUGAACCUGAAGAAGCUGGGCGGCGGGGUGGGAAGAGGCCAAAGCCACCCCCUGGAGUGGCCUCUGCAUCGGCCCGAGGGCCACCAGCCACUGAUGGGCUGGGGGCCAAGGUGAAGCUGGAGGAGAAGCAGCACCAUCCAUGCCAGAAGUGCCCACGAGUUUUCAACAACCGCUGGUACCUGGAGAAACACAUGAAUGUGACCCACAGCCGCAUGCAGAUCUGCGACCAGUGCGGCAAGCGCUUCCUGCUGGAGAGCGAGCUGCUGCUGCACAGGCAGACGGACUGCGAGCGCAACAUCCAGUGUGUGACAUGCGGCAAAGCUUUCAAGAAGCUUUGGUCCCUCCAUGAGCAUAACAAGAUUGUGCACGGCUACGCAGAGAAGAAGUUCUCAUGCGAGAUCUGUGAGAAGAAGUUCUACACCAUGGCCCACGUGCGUAAGCACAUGGUUGCCCACACCAAGGACAUGCCCUUCACCUGCGAGACCUGCGGAAAGUCCUUCAAGCGCAGCAUGUCCCUCAAGGUGCACUCACUGCAGCACUCAGGGGAGAAGCCGUUCAGAUGUGAGGGGAGCUGUUCCCUCCACAAAGGCUGCUCUUCUGCUCUGUGCCUGGGCCUCACCCCCAAACCCCACCCCCAGAACUGCAAUGAGCGCUUCCAGUACAAGUACCAGCUGCGGUCACACAUGAGCAUCCACAUUGGCCACAAGCAGUUCAUGUGCCAAUGGUGCGGCAAGGACUUCAACAUGAAGCAGUACUUCGAUGAGCACAUGAAGACCCACACAGGAGAGAAGCCGUACAUCUGCGAGAUCUGUGGCAAGAGCUUCACCAGCCGGCCCAACAUGAAGCGGCACCGGCGCACGCACACGGGCGAGAAGCCGUACCCAUGCGACGUGUGUGGCCAGCGCUUCCGCUUCUCCAACAUGCUCAAGGCCCACAAGGAGAAGUGCUUCCGCGUCAGCCACCCCCUGGCCGGCGACGGCGCCCCUGCUGCCCCAGGCCUGCCCCCAACCCAGCCCCAGGCGCACGCACUACCCCUGCUCCCGGGGCUGCCCCAGACCCUGCCGCCCCCGCCCCACCUGCCGCCACCCCCUCCGCUCUUCCCCACCACUGCCAGCCCUGGCGGGAGGAUGAACGCCAACAACUAGCUGCCGAGCUGCACCCGUGCACCUGCUGGGGCCUGGAGUCAGGGCCCACUCCAGGAGGGACCCACUGCCUUCCCCGGGAGCACAGCAGUGCGGGCCUGGGCCCUGCUCCACCUCCAGAAGUGGAUGGAGGUGCCCUGCCUGAGGCCCCGACGAUGAGGGGUGUGCAGGCUGGCAGCCCCCAGAGCUGGUGGAGGGCAUCUCACUCCCAAGUGCCCCCCCUUUCUGUGACUCCUUGAAGCCUUUACUUUUUUUUUUUUUUUUUUGGAAGUGAAGGAAAAAGAAACUAUUUGCAGCACCCCCCUCCAGGUGAGGGGGGUGCUGGGGGUCUACAGCAGAAAGAAAGGGGCCUGGGCAGCAGGUGUGGCCAGUCUCUCUGCCAAGGCCUGUGCCAGAGGGGUUGGCCAGGUGGAGCCUGGGUCAGCCUCAGCAGCCUAUCACCAUGUCCUCUAUGCCCCUAGUUUGCUUCCUCAUCUUGGAGGGUUUGGGGAGAAGUUGGCGUGCCACCCCCGCAACCCUUGAUGAGUUGUAGACCCAGUCUGAGAGCCGCAAGCACUGAGGCAGGGCCUGAGACUGGACCCGGGUGAGCGUUGUGGGGGUGGAGGUUGGCGAGGUGCAGAGACUGCAGACCAGUGCUGCACUGUGUGGAGCGGGGCAGGCAGGGGCUGGACCCCAGGGACUUGCCUUCCCCAUCCACUCCGCUGCCAGCAGGCCCAGGGAUCCCUGACCUGCACCAGGUGGCACCAAGGGUCCUGAGUCCCGGAGAUGUCCCCAGAAGCUGCUGUGCCUCACAGCACUGUGAGCCAGACCCUCGGUGGGCAGACAGGCUGACUGGCAGCACCAGCUUCGGGGACAGAGUCCUAGGAUGAGGCUUGGACAGUGUUGGUAGGGUUUCAAGGUGCUAUUAGUGGGGCAGGGGCAGGGCGGCUGCUCACAGAGCACCCCAGUUCCUCACCAGCUACUCUGGCCAUAUAUCCCACACCAGAAGGAACAAGUGUGGCUGUGUCCAUCUCUGCUCCCCCAAAGGCCCGCUCUAGGCCUUAUCCUCCCUCUAGGCCCUGCCACAACCUGUCCCUGGCUGGCUCCAGCAACCUCGUCCCUCCUGGGCCUCUGCACCGGUGGGUGGGGUGCCCAUUGCACUGCCGGUAAAGGAGCCUGCAUGUUCAGGCCCCUGGGAGGAUUAGGGGGACUGGGGAGGUGCAGCCUAGACCCAAUUGCUUGCCCCCAUGAGGCUAGCACUAAUAGGAAACCCUUUUUUGUUGUCAUUUAAUGUCUUUAUUCCUGCCUUUAAUAUGGGGAGGAAGGUUCCAUAAGCUACGUUUCCUAGUUAAGCUCUUUCCUAUUGUGUUUAUACAAUUUUGUUUGUUAUACUCUUUGCACCUUAAACCCCCACCACUCCCCGACACUAUUGCCUUCCCAGCAUGGCUGGAGUGGGAAGAGGCUUGGGCCCCGGGGUAAUGGUUAGGGGGACUGAACCCCUCUGACCUCCUUGUGAGGCCCAUGGCACUGGGGCAGGGAGCUGGGGACAUUUUAAUCAUCAAUAAAUGAAGCACUUUAUUCUGUACAGAUUUGGGCAGGCCCAAGGUGCCCAAGUGAUCUGAGGAUUUAUAAUCCAAGCCACACCACCCUGGUUGUUCUCUGGGCUUGGAGGGGACAGUGCCAGCAGCUUCCUUGCCCAAUUGAUGUUGGAGCUGUAGACAUACGCUCGGGCGCCCCUGCUGUCCUAGGGGAGAGAAGGUUCGCCCCUCCCCGAGGAGGAAGGUUUCUGGUCAGGCCCCCCACCCCAAGGCUGGGGACUCCAGGCUCCUGCUUUACUGUAGCUCUUUUUCUUCCUUGCACUCCUUGAUCUUUGGGCUUCCGUGAUGUCCUCAGGGUCCCCCCGCUCCCUGUUGCUAUUUCUAACCUCUGGUCCCAGUGCCUGGUAGCUCUUUGGAGCUGGCUCACAUUUUCCCAAAAAAAGUUGAUCUCUCCCAGUGGGCUGUAGGCAGGGACCUCCAUGGGUUUCCAACCCCCAUCACUGGCACCAGGGUCUCCCACAGGAACUGGUGGUGUCAUCACCUGCUGGCCCCACUACAGCCUAAGCGGGCCUGAGUGGCCCUGGCCAGGCUGAGACCUGUCAGGCCAUACUGACAAGCAGAGGUCAGAGAGUGGUGGGGAGCUGGCGAUGAAACCCUGUCCUGGGACAUGGGUUUCCUGUUCUUGUACACUUCCCCUCUGGGAUCCGGUGAGGGGUCCAGACAGCUGGCCAGCAACUGGUCAAGACGGUCACGGGAGCUCUAGGUGGGCACAACCAACCCCUCUCCUGGGAGGCCCCUGCCCCACUGGGGAUAGGAGCCUGUGUCCCUGGUGCUAAGCACUCUCUUCACUUGGGCCAUUGUUGGUGGGGGCUCCUUUCCGGCCAGACCACAAGGCCAGAAGCAAUAAUGGCACCUCAGCAGUUCCAGUAUGGAUAGGGGUUCCUGUUUUACUAGCUUUCACAUCUCCUUUUAUUUAAAAAAAACAAAAACAAAAAAACAAUGUGCCCUCCAGAUGUCAGAAUGAGGAGACUGGGGCACCAUACUCACUUCCCAGGGCUGGGGGAAGGGGGACGCAGGAUCAUCCCCUUCCAAGGAGAUCUGUGGGGGUCCCACCGUCCAUCUGGACUUCUCAGCCUGUUUGGCUGGAACUCAGGCCUGGAGUCUGGGUCUGCCCCCUCCCCAGCUCCUUGGGGCUCUCUGGUCUCAGGCUGGCUGGUGAUGGGUGGCUAGAGUGAUGAACUCAAGCUCUGUGGCCACAGUUCUGGGAGCCUUUGACCGUGGCUUAUGCUGCCAUAGUCUCCACGGUGCCCUUCACAGAGGGCUUGGUAGUGGCAGAAUGGCCAUGCCCAGGCAUGUGCUGAGACCACUGACAACUGCUUGUGUACAGGCACCCCACAGCCCCAGAGCAUGGGGCACAGCAGGCAUGCGAGUGAGAAGAGUGAAGGGGAAUAAAGUCAGUACAACUCGUG